CCACAUGGUUGUUCAUAGCCAGCUGUACAAACUAUAUUUUCUUUCUUGGAUUUCGAAGCGAUCAAUCAAAAUUUUACAAGCAGGAAAAAAGUGGGGGAGAUUUCACUUUGCCAAACUCUUUCUCUGCUGCAAUAUCAUCUUCACAACUUUCAUGGAGGAUAAAGGUCUACCAUUGCCUAAGUUUGGUGAAUGGGAUGUCAAUGACCCAGCAUCAGCCGAAGGAUUCACAGUGAUAUUUAAUAAGGCCCGGGAUGAAAAAAGGACAGGUGGCAAGGCUGACUCACCACCAAAAGAUGGCUCGAAUCCCUCAAUGUUCAAGCGCAAAACAACCUUCGGCAAGCCUCAGUCUAGAAAGUGGUUUUGUUGUGUUCAAUCUGCAUCUGCAGAAUCUUGAGGAUACUUGUGCAAUCGACUUGUAAUGCCUGCAACAUGAUGUAUUCCAGAAAACUGGAGCUGAAGAGGAGCUGUGAUGGGCAAUCCUGGAGAUCAUAUGUUGCAAUUUAGACAAGAUUUUAGGCUUACCAAGUUAUUUUACGUUGGUGUCCUCUUCAGUUUGAUUUUGUUCUUUUCCUUUUUCUUUUGUCUCCAUUUUUCUCAACUUUUUCGACAAUGCUAUUAUAUGAUGUUUGUGGCCUCCUCUCUAUCUUUUAUAAAUUUUGAUUGAAAAUAUCAAGA